UGAAUGACAUUGGAUUUAGUUAAAAGAGAGAGGGAGAGUGAUACUUUAUUGAUCCUGAGGGAAAUUCAAGUAUUGUAUGGAGAAUCCAUCAACAAAAAUGCAUUUUUAUAUUUUUCAGAAUACUACAAUUUUGUUACCUGAAACAUGACAGUUUCUUCAAGAGUGACUAAGAGACUUAUUGACCUGAUAUUUCGGACGACUGUUUGUCUUUGCCUAAACUUUUAAAACUUGUUUCUCUGGGGAUGGCUGCAACUAUAGCACCUGAGCUUGCCCCGACUGUGGCUGUCAAAAUUUUCUCUGCUGGGACAGCUGCGUGUGUGGCUGAUUUAGUCACUUUUCCACUGGACACAGCUAAAGUCCGACUACAGAUUCAAGGUGAAUCUAAAUCCAGAGAUUUGCAAAAGAAGUACAGAGGAGUUUUUGGCACCAUCUACACCAUGGUGAAGACAGAGGGGCCCCGCAGCCUGUACAGUGGACUGGUGGCAGGACUUCACAGACAGAUGACUUUUGCUUCUGUGCGCAUCGGCCUCUAUGACUCAAUGAAGCAAUUUUACACCAGAGGAUCAGGAGAUGUUGGGAUUGGCACUCGGAUUCUAGCAGGCUCCACCACAGGAGCGAUGGCUGUAGCCUUCGCUCAGCCCACCGACGUGGUGAAGGUGCGAUUUCAGGCUCAGAUGAGGCUCCCUGAGAACGGAGCUGUGAAGAGAUAUGACAGCACCAUCAGCGCCUACAAGACCAUCGCCAGAGAUGAGGGCAUCAGGGGCCUGUGGAAAGGUUGCUUGCCAAAUAUAGCCCGAAAUUCCAUAGUGAAUUGCUCGGAACUGGUUACCUAUGACAUUAUUAAAGAACUCAUUUUGAAGUAUAAGCUUAUGGCAGACAACAUGCCGUGCCACUUCACAGCAGCUUUUGCAGCAGGAUUCUGCACAACCAUCGUGGCGUCACCUGUGGAUGUGGUGAAGACACGCUACAUGAACUCAGUGCUAGGCCAGUACACUGGGGCCAUUAACUGUGCCCUGACCAUGUUACUAAAGGAAGGGCCCACAGCCUUCUACAAGGGAUUUGUGCCUGCAUUUCUUCGACUGGGAUCCUGGAAUAUAGUUAUGUUUGUAAGCUAUGAGCAAAUUAAGAAAGGUAUUACCAGACUCAUGCAGUACUGGAAUUCUCCAAAAUGAUAUUUUUCAACCUGAGGACUCUUCAAACUGCUUACUGGACUAGGCAUGUUUUAUUUCAUGGAUGACGGUGCAAGUCAUUUCUUAAAGGGGCCAAAUGGGUAAUCCAUAAUUUAUACUAUUUUGUGGAGUGUCACAGCAGAGUCACUCGCUUUGCUGUUUUGAUUUGAGUGUUUGAGAGUGUUAAAGUUUAGUUUAAGUUAUGAGCUAAUGUAACUACCUAUCAUGUCCAAGUUUACUCUCCUCAAGUGCAAUGCUGCUGAAUGUUGAAUUUUAUUUAAGUUUAAAGAAAAAUACAUCUGGGCAAAAUUACUUAAUAUCACUUUUCAUGAAUAAAAACACAGUUGUAAAGAUGAAGUUGACUUAAUAGAACUUACAUAUUGACACCAUAAAUAGGAAGCUUUUCUCCAUUUUAAAUGCAACAUUAGUGACUGCAUCACUAAUGUUGACCUUAGAGACUGAAGUGAUGAAUUUAUGAUUUGAAAGGAGGACUAAGGUGGUGCUCUUUGCAGCUCCUGAAACUCAAAUUAAAAUGCAUAAAGCAUUCAUACGUUUGAAUUAUCCAUGCUUAGCACAAUACCCCUAUGAAUUUCAGCUUCCUGUUAUAUGUGACUUUUGAGGACCACUUUAACCAAAAAAUAUUUGAUUUUAUUGCACAUCAUUACUCUUCAUUGAUUGAUACAUGUUUAGAGCAGUGUUAAUUAUUUUUUAUUUAAGUAUCUGUACUUAAGUACAUUUUUCUUUACUACAUUUGAGACCAGGUAUCUGUCUUUUCUACUUCACUACACUUUCAAACAGGACUGAAAAGUAGUAUUUUUUUAUUAUUGACUGAGACCUGCUGAAAACUCUGCAGGGUUAUUUUUUUUUAUAAAGGUCAUA